UUAUUUUUACAAACACAAUAAAAAAAAAAAAAAAAAACACUGGUACAGCUCAGAUAAAAAAAAAACCAAAUGUAUAUAGGAGGUCAUAGGAAAUAGUCCAUAGUGCAGGGAAGUCACAGGAUAUGUGAGUUCAUGUUCAAGAGACUCUUUGUGAGAUAUUCCAAAGGGACCAUCUCAAAUAUCACUUUUUGCCAGCCUUGAACAGAGGGUUUCUUAUCACUGAUCCACUGUAGUAAUAUACUUUUUCCUAGCAGCAAAUGUAAGAAUGGUAUAUAACCUUUUGUUGGCUGCAGUAGUUUAUAUUUAUACUUGGGAUUUAUGGUGAAAGUUAACUGAGCGAGCAAUGAGCAACACCAGAACAAAUUGGACAACAAUGCGCACAAGCGGUCACUUUUACGCACGCUGUAUUCUUGUGCCAAAUAAAGAAACCAAGACAGCUGUAAGUCUGCACAGAGAAACCUGAGACAGCAACUCUGAAAGGCCCAAUCCAUGAAUCCCCACAGACCCUUUAAGCACUUCAGCAGACCACCACACAGACACGAAACCGGCAGGAGCAGACAAGAGGAAGCAGACUAAUAAUAUGUGGGAUAUUAUCUUAUUAUCAUGGUUGCAUUUUGCGCAAAAGGAGACGCGUUGUUGACGUUGCUUUGUUUUUGUUUCACCUUUGUUUUUUGUAUGACAGCAGCACAAUAUGAGAAUUACAAUUUCAGAAAUUUCCCCAAAGAGGAGCUGGUGCCUCUCACCAAGGCGUAUGGGUUGGCUUUGGAUCAUUACGCAGCAGAGGAGUGGACGGAGGCGAUCACAUUUUUGGAGCUGAGUUUGCGCUUGCACCGGUUGCUUAAAGACAGUGUGAGAUACUGCAUGCUGCACUGCGAUAGUAGCAGCAAACCGAUAGAAGAACCGUCCUUUACAGGAAACCAGGACCUCCGCGUCUACUGGCACGUUAUGGUGACUGCAUCCUGUCAGAAGAAGUGCAGAGAGCAUUUCCCCAUGCUGCAGAUGCCUCCUCCCAGCAGAGACAUCCUGGAGGAGUUCAACAGGAGAUCUCCAUACAGAUACCUGCACUUUGCACACUCCAGGCUGAAUGACCUGCAGAAGGCCGUCCCAUGUGCCUACACCUACCUCCAGAAGAACCCUAAAGACCAGGAGAUGCACCAGCUGAUGGAGGAGUACAAGCGCCAGUACGACCUGAGCGGCUACCUCACCGACCACGAAGAACAACCACACGAGGCCUCCUUUCUGAGAGGCGUGAAACUCAUCAACUCAGGUGACUACACAAGCAGCAUUGAGCACAUGGAGGAAGCUCUGAGGCUCUACCUCCACGAGUACGACCUCUGUCAGGCCGACUGUGAAGGGAUCAGUCCGCUUUCACCACACAGCGACUUCUGCGCAGUCGUAGCAGAUGUCUACAUUGACGUGUUACGCUGUAAGCUGAAGUGUGAAGAAAACUUGAUGCCUAACGUUGGUGGUUAUUUUGUGGAGAACUUUGUGGCCACUAUCUAUCACUACCUCCAGUAUGCCUAUUAUAAGUUGAACGACGGCCGCAGUGCGUUGCCCUGUGCAUACAGCUACUUCCUGUUUGAACCUGAGGACGAGGUCAUGAAGCAGAACCUGCAGUAUUAUAAAGCCUACAGUGAACAGUGGGGCCUUCAGCCCGACCACUUCACACCCAGGAUGGAGGCUCUCAAACACCACAACCGCACCGUCACUCAAAAGCAGAUGCUGACAUCUGCAGAGGAGUACUUAAAGUUGGAUGUUGAGGAUUUCUUUGGACCAGAGGAAGCUGCACUUCUGGCCUCUGAGUCUCCCGAUGUUGAGUUUGAAGGGAUGGGAGACUACGAGGAGUCAAUCUACGCUAACUGGAGGCAGCCGAAGGGCAAAGGAGACGCUGGGGAGCCAAAUAUCUAAAGAGAGCUGAGAGG